ACUCCAUUUACGACACGUCCCCUCAAUCUCCUCUCUUCACUCCCCUAUAUAACUCACUCUACACACACUUGUUUUGUAUUGUGACUCGUGAGCGCAAAAACACUCUCAGCUUAUAAUUAUCUUUUAAUUUAUUGUUUCUUCUGUAGCGAGAAUGUCGGGCCGUGGUAGGAGUGGUGGACGCUUCGACGGUGCGAGGGGCGGUGGCCGUGGCGACGGCGGUAGGGGCGUUGGUCGUGGCGACGGCGGUAGGGGCGGUGGUCGUGGUGACGGCGGGCGUGGCGGUGGUUAUGGUGGAAGAGGUGGUGAUUCUGGGGGAAGAGGCGGUUAUGCUGGUGGUGCCGGGGGGAGAGGGGGUGGCGGUUAUCCUCAGAAUGCGCCACCGCCGGCGUAUGGACGUGGCGGAAAUGUUCCUGCACCGGUGGGUCAGCCGGCGCCUCGCCCGGUGGUUCAAUCCCCGGCUCCGGCGCAGUAUACUGCGGCAUCGUCAUCGUCUGCGGCGGCUCUGAGUAGCGAUGUGGAGAAAAUGACAAUCGGAUCGUCUUCUGGUUCUUCCGGACAGGAGAUUGUGGUGACGCAGCAACCACCGGCGCAACCGCCGGCGUCCAGCAAAGCGACGAGAUUGCCGGUGAGGCCCGGUUAUGGAAGAGAAGGCCGGAGAUGCAUUGUUCGCGCUAAUCAUUUUCUCGUCAAAGUCGCCGAUAAUGAUUUACAUCAUUACGACGUUACAAUCAAGCCUGAAGUUACAAACAAAAAAGUAUGCAGAGAGAUAAUGAUAACUCUUGAUAAAACUUACCGGCAGUCUCACUUGAGCAACAAACAAUUAGCUUAUGACGGGAGCAAAAGUGCAUACACAGCUGGGCCAUUGUCUUUCCAAUCCAAAGAAUUUAUUGUUAAAUUGGAGGACAAAGAUCGUGGUGGAAGAAAAGAACGGGAGUUCAGGGUCUCCAUUAAGUUUGCUUCGCGACCUGAUCUGCAUCAUCUUAGGCAAUUCUUGGCUAGCAGACAACUUGAUGUUCCACAGGAAACAAUACAAUUGUUUGAUGUGGUUUUAAGGGCAACACCAUCAAACAAGAAUGCAGUUGUAGGUAGGUCUUUCUUCAAUACUUUAUUCGGAAAAGGUGAUCUAGGAGAAGGGUUGGAGUAUUGGAAAGGGUUCUACCAAAGUCUACGACCAACUCAAAUGGGCCUGUCACUUAACGUUGAUAUGUCUGCCAGAGCAUUUUAUGACCCUGUGUCAGUGUCUGACUUUGUUGGGAAAUACUGUAAGUUGAGUGAUUUAAACAGGGCUCUUUCUGAUGUAGACCGAGUGAAGGUUAAAAAGGCUUUGAGAGGGAUCAGGGUUGAGUUUUCUCAUGGGGACUAUAUGAGACGAUACAAGGUGUUAAACAUAUCUACACAUCCCUUGAGACAGUUAACGUUCACAGAUGAGACCGGGGGGACGAUGCAUGUUGCUGACUACUUCCGCAAGAAAUACAAUAUCAAUCUGAGAUAUACAUCCUUGCCAGCACUUAAUGCUGGAACUGAUGCAAAGCCUAUAUAUAUGCCUAUGGAGGUUUGCAAAAUAGUCAAAGGUCAAAGAUGUGCCAAGAAAUUGAAUGAGCGUCAAGUUACUAAUCUCUUAAAAGCAACCUGUCAGAGGCCAAUUGAUAGAGAAGCAAGUAUUAUGGAGAUGACAAGACAGAAUGGAUACAAUGGCGAUGAGCUUGUUAAUGAAUUUGGCAUUCAAGUGGGGAGGGAAAUGACUUCAAUUGAUGCACGCGUUCUUAAUCCUCCGAGAGUUAAGUAUCAUCCUACAAGCAGAGAAUCAAUAGUGGAACCAUUUGUAGGUCAAUGGAAUAUGAUUGAUAAGAAAAUGGUUAAUGGUGGUGUAGUGAAAUCUUGGACAUGUGUCAACUUCUCAAGAAAUAAUCUUGAUGUUGUUCACAAUUUCUGUAAUCAGUUGGUCAAAAUGUGUAGAAGCCGAGGAAUGGACUUCAAUCCACAGCCUCUGAUCCCAAUUCGAGCAGGUAAUGCUCGUAAUAUUGCAAACACCUUGAAUGAAAUAGAGAGGGACAGCCGAACCAGACUCGAAAAGGAAGAACAUCUUCAAAUGCUGAUCAUUGUUUUACCUGAUUUUAGUGGGAGCUAUGGUGAAAUCAAAAAAAUUUGUGAAACAAAUUUGGGAAUUGUUUCACAGUGCUGUCAGCCGAAACACGUGUUCAAGUGUAAUAUGCAGUAUCUUGAGAAUUUGUCGCUUAAAAUUAAUGUGAAGGUUGGAGGGAGGAAUAAUGUAUUGGUAACUGCUCCUCCUGUCGUAAGAGAUUGUCCAACGAUCAUAUUUGGAGCAGAUGUGACUCAUCCUCCGCCAGGGGAGGACUCCAGUUCAUCUAUUGCAGCAGUAGUGGCAUCAAUGGAUUGGCCCGAGGUCACGAAAUACAGAGGACUGUAUUCAGCUCAGGGUCACCGCGAGGAAAUAAUAAGGGAUCUCUACAGCACGCGGGAAACUGAAAAGGGUGUUGUUGCUAGUGGAAUGAUCAGGGACCAUUUGAUGGAAUUCUACAAGAAAACAAGAUAUCAACCUAGACGAAUCAUAUUCUACAGGGAUGGAGUAAGCGAAGGGCAGUUUAAUCAGGUCUUGCUGGAGGAGAUGGAUGCCAUCAGGAAGGCUUGCCAGUCUCUAUCAACAGAUUAUUUACCUCCAGUGACCUUUGUGGUCGUUCAGAAGAGGCACCACACACGGCUUUUUCCCAACACUCACAAUGAUAAGAGAUCAACUGAUAGGAGUGGCAACAUAUUACCUGGUACUGUUGUUGAUACUGCUAUUUGCCAUCCGACGGAAUUUGAUUUUUAUUUGUGCAGCCAUGCUGGUAUACAGGGCACUAGUCGUCCAACACAUUAUCAUGUCCUGUAUGAUGAGAACAAAUUUUCUGCUGAUGGUCUUCAGGCUUUAACUAACAACUUGACGUAUACGUAUGCAAGAUGCACCCGUUCUGUUUCGAUUGUUCCGCCAGCCUAUUACGCCCAUCUGACUGCAUUCAGGGCCCGCUACUAUAUGGAAGGGAUCAUUUCAGAUGGCGGCUCAAGUAGUAGUGAUGCCAGAGCUACCAGGGAGGGGAGUUCAGCUGUGCGGUCUGUUCCUGCUACCACAGCUAACGUGAAAGAUGUAAUGUUUUACUGCUAAGGAGGAUUAAGCAGUUCUUAGUAUUGCAGAGUUAUCUAUAUUUUGGAGUCCGUGGAGAACUCGUACCCUAGUUUAUAAAGCUGGGGGAGAAACCCAAGCUUUUCUUUUUUGCUCUGCUGAGUAUGGAUUACAAUUACAUUUUUGUGGAAUGCUGCUAUUUAGAAUUGGGUUUUUUUUGCAGCUUCUUAAGAGAUCUGUUUUUAGAAUUUGUGAUAUGGUAUGUGAAUGUUUUUUGUUAUUAUGAAGGCUGGGAUCUUCAUAUUUGCAAUUCAGUCAUUCUGGUUUC